AUGACAGCUACCAAUGUUGGAGGUGGAUUCAUUCUGGGAACAGCAGAAGCUACGUACGCUCAUGGUCUCCUCUGGGCACUGGGGCCUCCUGUACACUUUUUUGGUUCAAUCAUUGGUGGGAUUUUCUUUGCCAAACCCAUGAGAGAGAAAAAGUACACAACUAUGAUUGAUCCAUUCCAAAUUAAAUAUGGAGACGUCAUAUCUUGUAUUCUGGUCAUUUCUUCUGUGAUUUCAGAUUUAUUUUGGACAGGUGCUAUUCUUGCAGGAUUAGGUGGAAUGAUGAAAGUGAUUUUGGGUAUCGAAUUCUAUCAAUCCAUCAUCAUCUCUGCAGCCAUUGCUAUAUUUUACACCUUACUUGGUGGGUUGUACUCUGUGGCCUACACUGACAUAAUCCAGCUCAUCUUCAUUAUCAUCAGUUUGUGGAUCUGUAUUCCUUUUCUCAUCUUACACCCUGCAGUCACUGACAUUGUGUACACUGCAACUCACACCUUACAUCAGCCCCCCUGGAUCGGAUUCCUGGAUUUGACAAAUGUUUGGAACUGGAUGGACACUGUUAUUACAAAUAGUUUUGGAAUAGUUUGCUUUCAGUCUUUCUACCAGAGAGUUCUGGCCUCAUCCAGCAGUAAGGUGGCACAGAUAACAGGCUACCUGUCAGGCGGGUUUACCCUCUUCUUGGGAAUCCCGUCGAUGCUGAUUGGAGCAAUGGCAGCAUCAACAAACUGGAAUCUGACCAGUUAUGGACUUCCCACACCACUGGACAGGGAAGAACCAGGGAACAUCAUGCCCAUCAUGCUGGAGCACCUCUGCCCCAUUUAUAUAUCCAUCAUUGGCAUCGGAGCGGUAUCUGCUGCGGUGAUGUCCUCUGUGGACUCUGCUCUGUUGUCUUCCAGUUCCUUGUUUACAUGCAACAUCUACAAAAAAAUACUCAGAAAAAAGGCAUCAGACACAGAGGUAAUGUGGGUGAUCCGAAUCACAAUCCUUAUCUUUGGAGUCACUGGCAUGGGCUUAGGAAUGGCAACCUCUUCGAUUUAUGGUCUCUGGCUCCUGAGUGCAGAGAUUUCAUUUUCUCUAGUUUUCGCUCCACUGGUUUGUGUCCUCUUUGUUCCAUCAUCAAACAGCUAUGGAAUUUUUGUGGGCAUUCUGGUGGAAGUGAUCCUGACACUGGGAGCAGGGCUGUCAGCACUCCACAUCCCUCCCUUUAUAAAGUAUCCGGGCUGCAAAGUUGUCAAUGGGGUUUAUGUGCAGGUCUUCCCAUACAAAACUCUGGCCAUGGUGCUGUCCCUUGUGAUUAUUGUGGCUGUGUCCCAUUUGUCUUCCUUUCUCUUCAAUCGAGGACUACUGCCAGAGACCUGGGACAUUUAUAACAUAAAGAGGAAACCAGAGGUUACAGUUAGAAAUACGACUUCGGAAGAAGUGGCUGAAGAAAUUGCACUCAAUUACAGCAAUCCUACCACCUAGAGUUGAAGAAAGGAGCGGGAGUAAACAGUGGACAUUCACAAUUAUGAGAUAUUCAGUUGCAAGUAAUUAAAUUCAAUUUAAUAAAAUUAAAGUA